AUGAUGCAUUCAGCCUCACGUGCAGCCACGUCUAAUGUCCAACACAUCACACUCAUGGACCCAGUGAGCGCGAUAGGGGUGGCUGCUGCCGUAGUCCAGUUUGUGGACUUUGGCAAGCGCUUAGUCUCGCGGGCUCACCAGAUCCAGGCGUCUCCCGUCAGCAGAACAGAACGAGAGAGCGAGUUACUGCUGAGUUUGAGCGAGCUGCGCGAACAGGCCGUCCAAGCCAAACAGACCUUCGGUCGCUUUCCCGAGGCUCAAAGCGACCAGAAACUUGCCAGAAUCUUUGAUGAUGUCGAGGCUGCCGCAAAUGAAUUUGAUGCGAUAUUGGAAGGCCUGCGGUCACGCUCGGAAGCAAAUGCGAUCCCCAAGAACAAGAAGAUGAUGCAGUCGCUCAGUGUUGGCCUUGACAGCAUUAGGGCCGAGAAGCAGGUUCAAAAGGCGCUGAGCCGGCUUGACUACAUUCAACGUCGCGGAUAUAGUUUUACCUUGUCAGCUCUAUGGCAAGCCUCAAAGGAGAGUAGCGAUAGAGAGACACGGUUUGGAGAGAAGCUUGACGAGAUGUUGGUGACUUUGCGACAGCUCCAGCACAAAGGAGUUCAACCUUGCACCAGCGACGUCGCGAUGGGCCAGGGGGGUCUGACAGCAGGUUUAUAUGACGAGCAGAUUAUCACUCUGCUCAACGACGACAGUGACGAAGGGAGUGCAAGAAUAUAUAAAGAGCUAGUCCGGGGAUUGUGGAAUUCGAGGACUUUGCCAAAGGUCCAAUGCCAGCCUGAAAAGGAAUCCAGCAACCGAGAGUUCCGCUCUGCUAUCAUCGACAGCCUAGUCUCAGGAGUGUUUGAUAAUAUUGAUGACCGUGGAGAGGCUAUCGCUCGAUCAUACGAGGGUACAUUUCGCUGGGUAUUCAAUUACGAGCCUCUCGAACGAGACGGACAAGCUCUAUGGUCGAGUUUCCCUGCCUGGCUCGAAAGCAAGACAGACUCAUUAUACUGGAUUACAGGAAAGCCAGGGUCUGGAAAGUCGACCCUGAUGAAAUACAUCCUCCAGAGCCCCGAGUUGAAAGCCUGUCUCGCGAAAUGGGCAGGGAAUUAUCCGCUGCAAAUUACGAGUUUCUAUGCUUGGAUUGCAGGCUCGGAUAUGCAGAAAUCACACCUGGGGCUUAUGAGGACUAUUCUUUUUCAGUGUUUACAGGCAGACCCAGAAAUGGUAAAGUCGGUCGCACCAAGGCGAUGGUCUUUACUCAGUACUCUUCGAAGUUCUCAGAAGCAGCCAUCUUGGCAAGACUGGGAGCUCAACGAGUGCUUCGAUAUUUUGCUUUCCAAAUUUGACAAAUCAGGGUCAAAGAAGCUCGCCAUCUUCAUCGACGGAUUGGAUGAGUUCAAAGUCUCAUCUCAGAGGACCUUGAGAUUGAUACACAACAUUUCGGACCGAGGAAACAUAAAAAUCUGUCUUGCUAGUCGACAAUGGACAGAAUUCAACGAUGCCCUGGACAAACAUCCGAUGCUACGGAUACAAGACUUGACUGAAAAGGACAUGAUUCACUUCGUUCAAGGCAAUCUAGAGGCCAACAGAGGCUUCUCAGAUUUGAGCAAGACCUUUCCUCAGGAAGCACGGUCAUUGGUCCAAGAUACAGUCGAAAAGUCCAGCGGUGUUUUUCUGUGGGCGGCUCUAGUCACCAAGAGGCUUCUGCAGUUACUUUCAGCAGGCGAUGGGCUACCACAACUAAGAAAAGUUCUCGAAGACUUACCGGAUGAUAUCGAAAGGCUCUUUUCGACAUUGUGGGAUAGCAUAGAAGGCAACAAGUUGGAUUCUGCAGAAUUAAUAGCGCUGAAGAAAGCAGCCUAUCCCGAGCUCAACUUUUUGACUCUAUGGCUUGCACAUGGAGGUUUUGAGCAACACCUUGAACUCGCUACUCUUUCUGAAGACGCUAGGUCUGGCCUGCGUGGUACAAUGGUUCGCCGACUGGAAAGCAAAACGCGGGGAUUGUUAGAACUCUCGCCGAAGGGCAAUGUAGAGUUUAUCCACCGCACAGCCUCCGACUGGGUGGCUCGCGAUGAUGUCUGGUCCCAAAUCACCUUACACCUAUCUGAAGCCUUUGAUCCCUGCCUGAACCUCCUGCAUGCAGAGGCUCUCAGGGUUCCUGAACGCCUGGACGAGUCGUGGUUUCGACACCACCCGCAAGAGACGAUCCAGGAACAAAUGCAUCAGGUGCUGAGAUAUUCAAUUGGCGUUAUUAAUCCUGCAACCACGGAGCUCAGUCCAGCGCUUGUCAAAGCACUCGAUGACAUGGAUAAAUGCGUUCGAGAACAGGCGGAACAAACGCUUCGCAAUGUUAGCUGGAGCUAUGUUUUUGGGUGCGACUUCUCCGGACUCAUUGCCCGCUAUUGCUUCAUUCCUUACUUGAAUGCAAAGCUCAAGACGACGUCGCAUGCGACGCAGAUGGCAUCAAUAUUGGAAAAUGCAAUCUUUGGUCACGAACUAACAUUAACUGCUGCUGAUCUGCCGUUUGAGUUAAGGCGAAAAACUGUGGCCUUUCUACUAGACAAAGGAGCAUCCCUCAGAGAUCUUCGCCAUAGCAAACGCAAGCAAAUUCAAUUUCGAGCAUUGAGUGGGUGGGACCUGGGCGAUGAGAAAGAGUAUUGGGUGGGUGUCGAGAAACUCAUACGGGACAAGGAGGCUCAGGAGGAUAGACAAUUUCUGCCAGUUAUUUUCGUCAGAAGGAAAGAGGCCACAGCUAUGCCGCUCAAUCCCAAUGGUGAUAAGAGAGGCAAGAAAAUGGGGAGGUCAUCGUGCUUCGGCUGUUUCGGCUAG